CGGCUAUCAGAUUUUACGCAGAAAUAGUUAAAUACAAUUCAAGCGGCAGACCGUGCGCUAAAACCCACGAAAAAGGUAUUCGAAUAAGAAACAUGAGUGCGUCGAGUGAAGGCGGCGCGGGAGGUGCGGGAACGGGCAGCGGCGGAGGUACAGCUCCUGCCCCAUCAGCAGCCCCAUUGAAAACCAUUAAAAUACGCACACACCUGCAGCCCCAUGCAUCAUCAUCAUCAUCAACAACAACAACAACAUCAUUAUCAUUAUCAGCAGCAGCUGCCUCAUCCUUGGUAUCGCACACACAUCCGCCCCUGCAUCUGCGCGGCGUCAUAAACAAAUACUCAUUGCCCCCCCAUUUGCCCUCCGCAGCACACUCAACGGUGGCCGCAAAGAUCACCCACGUGAAGACCGAUGUCGGGGGAUUGAACGUCGGCGUUGGGGGCAUCUCCAUCACCGGGACACCCAUUCUUAGCGGCGGCACCAUCAAGGUAGCCGCCAAUACCGUGCAACAGACAUCGCUGGGCGCCACUCCGAUUGCCCUUAACACAGGACAGGCCACCACGGCGGCCUCCAUACGGGCCAUUGGCGCCGGUGGCCAGUCCACACAGGUGCGUGUCGUCAUGCCCAUGAUCAAGCAGCUGGAGAAUGUCACGGCCACGGGCCGCACUCAGAUCACGGCCAUACCAGCGGCUCCGGCGCGUAGCGUCUCCAAUGCCUCCAUCACCGUCACGCGGCCAGUCACGCAGGCCACCUAUCUGCCGCGGGCCAGUGUCACGGCCACGCAGAUGGGAGGCAUGGGCCUGGGCUUGACGGCCGGCCAACGUCUGGUCACACCGCUACGGACGACAUCCACCGGCUCGGCCACGGUGACGCCCACAGCUCCCACUGGGCUGAGCACAACGGGGGGAUUUGUGCGCGGCACAGCGGCAACGGUUAGCCGCAGCGGCGUGGCCGUGUCCUCGCAGCAGUCAUCAACAGUGAUCUCGUCAAGCAAUAACGCGGCCUGGAUGCAGAGCACCACCGGGCAGAUGCAGCUCAUUCGUGCCAUCCAUCCGCCUCGCCAGAGGAUAAUCACCACCUCGGCGGGGGUAAGUAGUGCCAGUGUGGUCACGACCGGAGUCCAGGCGCCAACAGCUCUUUCCGUCUCCGCUGCCCAGCCUCUGGGACAGCAGCAGGCAACGGGCGGGCCGGGAGGAGGUCCCCAGGCAUAUGUGGCCACUGUUUUGCCUCCGCGGCAGCAUCAGGCCACCCUAGUCUACUCCUCGAAUAUGUCGGCGGGUGGCCCCAACGUCAAUCCCCAACCGGGCCAGCAAUUCAAUCCACGCUUCGCUGUGACGACACCCACUGCUGGAGGAGUCGUGACCACCACAACGCCAGGCGGCACCACAGUCACCCCUCGCCAGGUGCGGCCCAUACCGCUGGGCAAGAGUUUCCCGGCCACCAAACUGAAUACGACAAGCAUCAGCAUUCGCGCGCCCAGUAUGCCACAGCUCAAUGCCAGCGUCACGGCCUCACAGACGCCCGUGAGCGUGUCGGGGGGAGCGACAGUGGGACCGGGACGAGGUCCAGGCCUGGGAGGAACGGCCCUGACCACCAAUAUGCCCACGCGUAUCAUACAGCUGCAGCAGCCUGGACCGGGGGCCACACAGCAGAUUAUCGGGGCGGGCGCCCGCCUGGCGGGCAAUGUAAUGCUGCAGCCCUUCCUCAUGAGCACCUCGGCUGCCGCCAAGAUGGGCAUUCGUCCGCCCGUAACUAUGACGGCAAAGGUGCAGCCAUCGCUCACGAUCACGCAAUUGAAUCCGAUUGGCAAACUCUCAACACCCGGGGUAGGAGGAGGGGCACCCACCAUGACGCCACAGGGCGUGGGCGUCGCCAGCAUACAGGCUGUGCCCGUGCCAAGUGUUUCGGCCAGCGUCGUGAACCCGAAUUCCGUCGGCGGCCAGGCCACAGCAGCGGCUGGCGGCGCCACAGUCCUGCCACUGACAAUCAGUGGAAGAGGAGGAGGCCUCACGGGCACGCUAACGCCCAUUAAGAAUGCCAGCGGCAUCACCGUGGGCAAAAUGAUGAUGACCCCCGCCGUGGCAGCGGGUGGGGGGAUGGGAUCGGAUGGAAGCGUUGGUCAGGGCGGGACAACGGUGACGGGAUUCCCGCGUGCCUGGAACCCCGUGGUGGCCUCCCAAAGCCAACUGAUGAAGAUCGAUGACAAGGGCAGCUCUGCCACAAUCUACUACGAAUCGAUGCCCGCCUCGGCCUCCACGGGCGUCCUCUCGCUGACCACAACAACCCUCACGCAGAGCACUCAGUCGCAGGCGCAGCUGGUGAGCAGUGCCGGCGGCAGCCUGUCCGUAUCAUCGUUGCCCUUUGCCAGCCAUGCCCCAAUGGGUGUCGGUGUGGGUGUGGGAGUGGGUGCUGGCGGACCGGGAUCGCAGGCAACAUUCACGGUGCUGCCAUCGGGAGCGACGGUUGGAGGAGCCACCGGCGCCACACGCACCAUUGGCCAUCAGCAGCUGAUUAUACCGGCGGGAGGGAGCAGUGCACCACCCCAGCACAUGGUCAUACCGCUGCACACGUCCGUCAAGGUGACCACGGGCGGGGUUACCAGCCAACCGGCAACGAUCAGCGGACCUGUUGGCGGCGGCGGUGGCGGCACACUCGUAUCCAGCUUCAUGGGGAAGCGGGUGGCCGACGGAUCGCCCAUUCGCGCAGCCAAGAAUCUGGGACCCACGCUCCUCUCGAUGGCCAGUAACACGAGUGGACCCAAUAUCGUCUCGGCCUCUGGCUCUACAUUCAAUUUGCAGCCCGUUUCCGUGUCUGUGCCCUCGUCGGUGGCCGUCGCCAGCUCCGCUCUGACUGUGGAGGCCCUGGCCAAAAAAGAGCGCGAACGUGUGCCCCCAGCGGCAGUGGCAGCAGCGGCAGCGGUUAGAAAUUUACGCGGCGAGUCGCCCGCCUCCUCGGAUGGCUCCACCACAGUGUCGGCAAAUUCUUCGCCAGGCGUCGAUCAGCAGCAGCUGCAGGACCGGAUUGGGGAUCCCCAAGCAGCGGGUUCUGUGCCCAGCGGUCGCGACAAUUCCACGCAUUUUAAUCCCAUAAAUGAGUUGUACGCGCACCAGUCGAUGCAGCAGACCCUUGCCCAUGCCUCGUUGGGGUCACGCGGCGGUGCGAGCGCCUUUGUGGAUGUCCAAGCACCAACGCCACAGCAGCAGCAGCAGCUGUCACAGCAGUCAGGUCUCCUGGGGCAUCUGGGAUCAGCAGCACAGUUGCAGCAGCAGCAGCAGGCAGCGGCAGCUGGACGAAUGAAUGGCACGGGCAGCAGCUCCAGUUCCAGCUACGAUUGCUCUGUGAGAAAGAAGCCGCGACGUUCAACCAAUGACAGCCAGCACUCGACCCAGAGUCAGGCCUCUCUGUCGCUGCCGCCACCAACCGCAGAGCCGGCGGCAGCCACCGCCGCAUCGUACAUGCAGAAGCACAACAACGGCGGCCUGCUGGUGGCAGCCUCUGCGGGGCCCAGCGUAGCGCCCAACAGCAGCAGCAGCACUUCGGGAGACAUCAAUCAUCGCACUAGUGCGCCCGCAGUGGCAGGGAAUAAGGAGAAUGCAAAUCCCGUGGAUUUUGUCCUGCGACGUCCACGCAAUUGUUCGCUGCUGAAUACAUACAAGCCCACCCAUAAGCUGGCCAACAAUCAUUUCCAUCGCUAUACGGAUGUAAAGCCGCGCGAGGAGCGAGGCGCUUCGAUCAUUGAUCUGGCCAAUCAGCCAAAUGUUCAGGGGAAAAUCAAUGGCUGGAAGCUGCAUCAUUUGCGCUCCCAAAUGGAGGAUUUGAACGAAUCCGAGACGUUCAGCAUGAACAAACUGGAGACCAUGCUGAAGGAGCUUGAAAAGAACAAGGAGAAGAAUAGCGAAAUGGAGCGAGUCAGUGAGCUGCUGAAGGGUAACAUACAGCGCAGCAAGAUCAUCACCGAAGGCAUCAACGAGUCACAGAAUCAGCUGAUGAAAAUCUUUGAGCACAAACCUCAUGUCUCGGACAUCAUAAAUCGCUGCGCCUCGAAGCGCAAUUUCAAGAAGCGCGAUAAAAUCUAAACGAAUGGAGUUUCUGGAUGGAAUCGAAGGGGAUCUGUUGCUAUUUGUAGAUGUACAUUUAUAUAUAUAUGUAUUUAUAAGUAUAUUUAAUCGAAGAAUCAAUUUGUAAGACAAAAAGCUUUUACAAAAAGGUGAGCAGGAGCCACACAGAAAAAAAAGGGAGAAUUCUUAAGCAAAAUUCAAAUAUUUUUUUAAU